AUGCCCAAACGACAAUCUCUCCAAUCUCUGCCCCCGGAACCCAUCAACGAAACCACUCCUCUCCUCCACCCCAAUCAAGAUGGCUCCAACACAGGCUCUCUCCCCGCCGAAAACAUCUCCGAAUUAGAAGCUCAAGCCGAACAAGAACGUCGCGAAUAUGAAUCCGGUCACAUCCCGCUCGCCACCACGCCAUCCACGAAAAGGCUCUUGGCCACCAUGAGUUCCCUGUGGACAGUGACCUUCUUCGCCGCAUUAGACACCACCGUCGUGGCGACCUUGUCCAAUCCCAUCAGUGCGGCCUUUCACAGCGGGACGUCAUUUUCGUGGAUUGCAACGGGGUAUUUGAUUGCCAAUGCGGCAUUUCAACCGCUGUCGGGCAAAUUGACAGACAUUUAUGGACGACGGGCCGGGUUGAUUUUUGCGUUUACGUUCUUUUCUGCGGGCACGUUGAUCUGUGGGUUGGCGCAGAGUGCGACGGUGAUGAUUGUGGGGAGGGUGAUUGCGGGUGCGGGUGGAGGGUGUUUGAAUACGAUUUCGGUGUUUGUGGCGAGUGAUCUGAUUCCGUUAAGAAGAAGGGGCGUGUGGCAGGGAAUUGGAAAUAUUGUGUUUGGCCUCGGGAUGGGUUUGGGAGGGGUGUUUGGGGGAUGGAUUAAUGAUACGCCCGGACUGGGAUGGAGAUGGGCCUUUUACAUUCAGAUUCCCUUUGCGGUGAUAGGAGGCAUUUUCGGAAGUUAUAUGCUCGACAUACCCGUCCGCGAAUCCGACAAGUCGAAGAUCCAGAGGGUGGACUUUUUGGGGGCGGGAACUCUGGUCACGGCUCUUGUGCUCCUCCUCCUGGGGCUCAACAGCGGUGGCAACAUUGUUCCGUGGAAUCACCCUCUGGUCUACGUCUCCAUCCCACUCAGCUUCCUCAUGCUCCUCGCAUUCAUCUACAUCGAAGAUCGUAUCGCCGCGGAACCCAUCAUUCCCGUCCGACUCCUUGCGAACCGGAGCGUCGCAGCAGCCUGUCUCACCAACUGGUUCAUGACCAUGUCCGUCUUCAGCCUCAUCUACUACGGUCCCAUCUUCUUUCAAGUCGUCCGACACGUCUCGCCCACUCGGGCCGGAACGCUCUUCAUCCCCCAGGCAAUUGGCACUUCCCUGGGGUCUCUUGCAUCGGGCAUCGUAAUGCGUCUGACCGGUAAAUACUGGCAGCUCAACAUUCUCAUGCAAAUCCUCGCACUGCUCUCUACAAGUCUGAUCCUAUGGCAAUUCGACGAAAACGUGCCUGCCGUCUCACCGUUCAUCUUUCUCUUCAUGGAGGGCACGGCAUAUGGAAGUAUGCUCACCAUCACCUUGAUCGCGCUCAUCUCGGCCGUCGAUCACAAAUACCAAGCAGUCAUCACGUCUGCCUCGUACGCCUUUCGAAGCACAGGAUCAUCCAUCGGCAUCACCAUUGCGGGCGCGGUGUUCCAAAACUUGCUCAAAUCGGGACUCUAUGACCGGUUUGGCUCGGAAGCCGGCGCGGCUGAUCGGAUUCAGAGAAUCAGAGAGAGUACGGAUGAACUGGAUCAUCUGCCUGAAGGCUGGUAUCCUGGCGUCAUCGCUUCGUAUGUGGAUGCGUUGCGAGGCGUGUGGGUGGUGGUGGUGGGAUUUGCGGCUCUGACGGCGAUUGUGAGUGGGUUUAUCAAGCAGCAUAAAUUGUAUAACAAUCUCGAUCGGAAGUGAGCAUUCCCGAUUGAAUAUCUGGC